CCAAGUGUGGUACAGGGAAAACCAGUCCAGUCCAGGCUGCUGGGGACCUUGAGUGACCACCUUGUACAUACCUGCAGUUGCAAGUAAGGAUUUCAUCUGCUCCGAUUGCCUGUCUAGACCACGCAUUCAUCUGCCUCCAAAGUGCCUACUGGUCCCCCUUCUGUUCCCAUACCUCUCACUGAAGCAGCGUCCGGGACUUAGAGAGGACAUUUGCAUAGACUUCCAGAAGCUGGAGCAAGGAAAUGGAUUCAGUGGUCAUUGAGGAUGUGACUGUGAACUUUACCCAGGAAGAGUGGGCUUUGAUGAAUCUUGCUCAGAGGAAACUCUACAUAGAUGUGAUGUUGGAAACCUUCAUAAACCUGGCCUCAGUAGUUUCUCGAAAACUUCGUGAUGGAGAAAAGUUGCCCAAUGAACAUACAGUAGUGCGAUUUAUGAAGAAUGACACUUGGUCCUCCAUAUUUGGAGAAGUCAGUGAAUUGCGUAGCAAUGAAGAUCAGCAGAACAACCAGAGGAGUUAUUUGAGAGGACAUUUGGUAGAGAAUCUUCAUGCAAAUGAGGAAGGUAAUCAGUGUGGAAAAACCUUCAGUCAGAUUCCAAAGUUUACUGAGAUCAAAAGAACUACUGGGGUAAAUCCUUUUGAAUACCUUACAUGUGGAAGAUCCUUCAUAGAUCAUUCAUUGUAUAGGUCUCGUGUCACAUCUGAAACUGGAUGCAAUAUCUAUCAACAUAAGGAAUAUGAAGAAACCUAUAACUAUCCGUUCCUAAGCACUCCUGUGAAACCUGUUAGUGGAGACAAACCAUAUGAAUGUAAUCAAUAUGGGGGGAAUUUCUAUAGUUAUCCAUCCUUUCAGACACAUGUGAAAAAUCACAAGGGUGAAUAUAAAGAAUAUUGGAAACCUUGUCCCUCUUCACUUAGUUUACAUAAAAAAAGUUACAGUGGACAUAAACCUUACAAAUGUAAGCAGUGUGGUAAAGCCUUUCGUCAUUCAUCAGCUCUCAUUACACAUAUAAGAAUUCACAGUGGAGAGAAACCUUAUGAAUGUAAGGAAUGUGGGAAAGCCUUUAGUGAUCCUUCAUCUCUCACUACACAUGUAAGAAUUCACAGCGGAGAAAGACCUUAUGAAUGUAAAGAAUGCGGGAAAGCCUUUACUAAUUCUUCAGCUCUCACUAGACAUUCUAGAACUCACAGUGGAGAGAAACCUUAUGAAUGUAAGGAAUGUGGAAAAGCUUUUGGUGAUUCUUCAUCUCUUACUACACAUAUAAGAAUUCAUAGUGGAGAGAGGCCUUAUGAAUGUAAGGAAUGUGGUAAAGCUUUUACUAUUUCUUCAUCUCUGACUACACAUAUAAGAACUCACAGUGGAGAAAGACCUUAUGAAUGUAAGGAAUGUGGAAAAGCUUUUACUGGUUCCUCAGCAUUCACAACACAUAUAAGAACUCAUAGUGGAGAGAGGCCUUACGAAUGUAAGGAAUGUGGGAAAGUGUUUAGCCAGUCCUCAUCACUCAUAACACACAUAAGAACUCAUAGUGGAGAGAGACCUUAUGAAUGUAAGGAAUGUGGGAAAGUCUUCAGUAAUUCCUCAGCUCUCACCACACAUAUAAGAAUUCACACGGGAGAGAAGCCCUAUGAAUGUGAGGAAUGUGGAAGGGCCUUUAGUCAUUUUUCAAACCUCACUAAACACAUUAGAACUCACAGUGGUGAGAGGCCUUAUGGAUGUAUGGAAUGUGGAAAAGUAUUUAGUCGUUCUUCACACCUCAUUAGACAUAUAAGAACACACAGUGGAGAGAGGCCUUAUGAGUGUAAGGAAUGUGGGAAAACCUUCACUGAUUCCUCAUCCCUCACCAGACAUCUAAGAAUUCACAGUGGAGAGAGGGCUUACGGAAACACCUUUAUUAACUCCUCUGUCCUUAAUGAACCUCAUUAACCUCACAGUGGAGUUUUUGUUGUAAAGAAUGUGAGAAACUUGCUACUUCUACCUCCUCUCAUAAAACACGAAGGUACAGUGGAGGAAGCAGUAUGAAUGUAAGUAAUGCAGGAAAAUUUUGUCAUUACUUUUUCUGUAAACAUACCAGCUUAAAAUAGAGUCUGGAUGUAAGGAAUGUGGGAAAGCCUUUAGACGUUUACCAUACUUUAUAACACUUGAGUAAGUAUGCUAGAGAGGAAUAAUAUAUGCCUAAUAUUGGAUAGUAUUGAUCCAGCAUCUUUGUUCAAAACUGGCAGAGAAGGCUUCUAAAUCUAAAGAAUGUGGUAACAUCUUCCCGUAUUUUCACAAACAAGAAUUCACAUAUAUUUGAAAAGCCUUUCUAACGAACUCAGGUGACUGUGAGAGGUGUCACAGUGAAGAGACAUCAUGGAAUGGAUGACCCUUGGGAUCAUCUAUCUACUUUUCCAGUCCUAAACAACAUGUGAAAUACUAAAUUGUAGGUCAGUCCUCCGAAUGCUAAAGUUAAGGGAGGCCUUUAGUGUGCCUCUUCCCUCAGCACACCAGACACUGGAGAGACCAGGUGUGUAUGUAAGCAUGUGGGGAAGUCACCAAUCACAUUAUUUACCAUUUUGCACACAAGGGAAUUCAUAGGAAGGGAGGAAUAUUACCAAAGUUACAUAUGUGGAUUUUACUACUCUCUUAACCACAGAAGCAUUAAUGUUCACUUUGUAUUUUCUGAUGUUAACACCAAAAUGAAAAGUAUUACUCUAAAUCUGCUUUAAAAUUUUUGGCAUGGCCUCACAAGUAGAAAUUUACUGUCUUUCCACUUAGGAGGCCAAAAGUCUGAAUUCAGGAUGCCAGGUACAGGGGAGAGAUUUCUCUCUGUUACCUCUGUGGAAAGGUCUUUUCAUCACCCGCACCCUGACUGUAGUUUUUUGCAACGUGAGGGCCAUGGGUCCAAAAGAUGUGCUCUGCCCAGUUCAUCUUUUUUGUUAGGGAUAGAUCCCUUUCCAUGGGAUGGAUUUUAUUAAGUAUAGUUUGUAUUUUUGUUUUUUGUCAUGAUUUUUCAAGGAGUCUUGUUAAUGCUGUUGGGUAAAUGUUCGAUGGCUAAUUGCAAGGUUGAAGGUUCAAACCCACCAACCACUUCAUGAGUGAGAAAUA